CAAAAACGGUGGGGUUUCAAAGGGUGGCCUUGAGCAUGUGAUUAUCAGCAACUGCACAAUGCCACCUGAUCCUUCUAAGGAUGGUGGUUCGAAAAGUAAAAGGGGUCAGAAAUCAACAAAGGAAGGUAUUAAUUUGUACGCAGUCCUGGAGGUAGAGAAAAAUGCAACUGCCGAGGAAAUUAAACGGUCAUAUCGUAGACUUGCACUGAAAUACCACCCGGAUAAAAAUCCUAAUGACCCAACUGCAUCUGAAAAGUUCAAAGAAAUCAACAGAGCUCAUUCUAUAUUAGCGAAUGAACAAAAAAGAAGAUUAUAUGAUCGAUACGGAGCAUUAGGUAUAUAUGUGGCUGAGCAUAUUGAUGAGGAAGACUGGAAGCCAUAUCUGGCUUUACGUAACCCAUGUGUGCAGUGCCUUGCAUGUACAUGUUUCCUACUGACAUGCUGCUUCUGUUGCCUUUGUUGCUGUUACUGUUGUGGUACACUUUACCCAAAAACUCCUCCAGUUCCUGAUGAAAUGAAUGCGACUGAUGACCAACCUGCGUGCGAGGUACCACCACCAACAGGCGAUGACAAGACUAAAGAGGAGUUUGUUACAAAAGAGCCUACUCCGGCACCAUCUGUCAAUCCGUAUGUAAUACCAACAGCACUUAAAACUACCGGCUGAGACUGAUUUGUCCAUAGGGGAUUAUAUGCCCACCAAAAACAAAAAAACAAAACAAAAAUGGCCUUCCUUUAUUCUUCCUUCGUUAUAAAGAAUACUCGUGUCUUAUUUUUCUGUAUUUCGUAUAACUUAUCCUUUUUUUUAAAAAGAAAUUAUAUUAACAAUAAUGAUAAUAAUAAUCUCUGGGUUAUUUUUAUACCCUCCUCAUUCUCUCUAUUUUUUGUUGUUGUUGUCAUUGUUUUGUAAUUCCUUUUUGUACUCUGUUGCGCCUGAUUUUUUUUCUUUUUCGUAUUGAUGAUGACUUUGAGUACACACACGAAAAUAACAAGCCUACCAUCGUAUUAUUUUCUAUUCUAUCAUAUUUUCUAUUUGUUAACUUUUCUCUCUCUCUGUGAUGAUUUCUACCGUUUGAAGUGAUUCUGUGAUGCAGUCCAAUAUAUAUACAUACAUAUAUAAGAAUAAUACAGGCGCCAUUACUCUCUUGCUUUCUCUCCCCUGAAAGAUGCCUCUUUUAUGGUGACCUUG